GCAUGCCGAAAUGAGAGAAAAAAUGGAGAUGAUUCUGAAGCACCCGAGUGAACGGAGGUGGUGUCGGCAGAGAGGACAAGGCGAGAACCAGUCACCAACGAGUCAGCGAGCAGCCACGACAGCCAAGCUCGGCCCUACCAUCGCCCUCUUCUACUCAACAUCAUGGCUGAGGGAAGAUCUCCUGUGAAGCGUCAGGGAUCGUCUCCCGUGAAACGUGAGAGAAGAUCCCCAGUGAAGCGUGACCGCAUCACGGAUGUCCCGAGAACAUAUGACGGCAUGGUGACCAACUUCAUUAUGACGCUCACCCACAGGCGACCAGAGAAACUCAAGGAAAUCCAAGCUAUUAUGAAGCCAGAAAGUAGCACACUAGACAUGUUCUCCUUCAUCUGGGGACUGAGAGAAGCCCACUUCAAGCUGAGUCCAGAUUAUUUUACGUCCAAGAAGUCUGAUGAUAGUUCUUUUAUAUACUGGCGGCUUGGAAACACUCACUUAAGCCGGAAAGAUAAAGAUCUUGCACUCAAAUACUUUAACCUGGCCAUACAGCUGGCCCCGCACCCUCCAAUGGUUAUAGAUGAUAAGGUAAUUUCUAGCCAAGUCGCAAAAGGAAAAGAUGAUAGUCAGGAGAAACUCGAGGGUAACCCUGGCUGUCACAGCUCCGAAGGCUGGGGAGAGUAUGUGUCUUUGGCUUACGCAUAUGAAGCAAGAUCAUAUUUAUUGUUUGAUAUGGAUGAGUAUAGCAAAUGUAAGAGAGACAUCGAACUCGUUUUGGAGCUGGGAUGCCCCCCCAUGAUUGCAGCCAAGUUGAAUCAUAUGAAAGUGUUAUGUGAGGAGAGAAUCGAAAGUCCCCGCGAGGAAGCAGCGUCACCGACUUCAUCGGCUUCUUCACAUUCCCGCAGAAGCGAAAGCGGAGGAUCGACAGAUUCUUCGCCUCAGAGAAAACCUGUUGUGGAAUCUCCAGUAUCGUUCAAGUACAAGUGUUCUGACCCGCCAGUGUUGGGGGAUCGCAGCUCGGCCAUCCCAGCAUUCUGCUCCUCGGUCAGAGUGGCUUUCAGCAAGGACAUGGGACGCUCUCUGGUAGCGAAGAGGAAUAUUUCUCACGGUGAACUUGUUGCUGUCGAGGAAGGUUACUGCACCGCCGUCCGGCUGGAGCACCUGAGAACCUACUGCGUGGUUUGUCUCAAGCGGACCCUCGCGCCCCUGCCCUGCCCGUCCUGCUCAAUGGUGGUGUUCUGCAGCGACCACUGCCGCAUUCAGGGUCUGGCCAACGUCCACUGGCAAGAGUGUCCCAUCCUACCAACAAUGGCGGAACUUAACAUGGGUAUCAAUCCAUUAUUGGCUUUAAAUCUAUUUAUGAAAAACACUCACACAAAACUGAGGGAGGUCGCCCCCCAGGUGAUAGCUGAGACUAGACACCAACCACCUGAGCUUCGCGGCUUCAGUUACGAGGGUGUGUAUGAUCACACCCACUACAGGACUGUGUACAACCUUGUCACCAACAAGGCGAAGAUGGGGUACAAGGAUCUGCUUAGUAAAGCAAUGGAAGCUUUCGUGAUCGUGAAGGUGCUACAAGCAGGAGGAAGAUACUUCAGAGAUAGCGAAGGAGAGAAAUUUUAUCCAAGUGAAGAAGAUUUGAUGUUCACCGGAGCGCUUCUUAUGCAUCACAUGAUGAACUUCGGGUGCAACUCGGGAGGAAUCUUUGAGGUAGAGAUUAUCGGAAAAGAAGUGGAUAAAAACCCCAUUCGGCUAUACGGCGCUGGCAUCUUCCCUGCCGUGAGUCUGAUGAACCACUCCUGCUACGCCAACUGUGUGGUUCUCUCGUACGGCAGGUACCGCGUGGUGAAGGCCAGCCGUGCCAUACGUGCCGGCAGUCAGCUCACGUGCCAAUAUGUUGAUGUAUUGAAAGGAAACCUGAUGGAGAGGAGAGCCAGGCUGCUUCCUCAGUACUUCUUCGUCUGCCAUUGUGAGGCUUGUGAGGGUAACUGGCCCGAGGGUCUGCAGUACACCACAGCCUUCAACCUACGAUGUGUGAGGUGUCAUGUUUUGGUCAACGCAAAUACGAAAAAGUGUUCCCAGUGCAAUCUGUACUACCAUAAGCGUACCACUGUGUCCGGUGAACCGCAUUUGACCACCUACGAGUACAACCUCGUGAGGAAGAAGGUCGAACAAGCACUGAAGGAUUACAAACGGGCCGAACACAGACUGAUCAGGAGAGGAGAGGAGUCUGAAGCAGACAUGAAGAUCGUGAGCAACCUAAUAGAGCUGUACGACGACUUUGUGGAGCUGCCCUCGUACAUCCACGUCGCCGCCCAGAGCACAUACAACUCCAUGAACUAUAAGUUGGCAUGCUCGGCGUACACAGUCGAGGACAACAGCCCGCAGUGUUUAGUCUCGUAGCGGUGACGAGGACCUGAUGCUCAUCAAGCGAGAGGAACUAUGGAAGGUGUUGACCCACAUCAAUCGCGGGAUUUUUCGAGAGCAUGCCUUGAAAUUCUAGAAAGGGUGUUUUAACGUAAAUAACCUGCUUUUUAUAUCUAUUCCGAUCUUUUAGUAGAGUUUGUGCUUGAAAUUUCAUGUAUUUUUUAAAUUACUAUACUUGAAUUUAACGUAAAAUUUUAAAUAUUUUGCUUUCAUAUUUUGACCAGAUUUUACAAAAUUAAGUUUUAUUGUUUUAAUGUCAGUUUUAUUGUUUUAAUGUCACUCUCAAUAAAACCAUUUAAAAUCAA